AUGGAAUCCAACCCAGAUUCAGCAGCCUUGGCCCAGCAAGUCCAAGCCCUUGCGGCCACCAUUGAAGAACUCACCAAACAAAACCAGGAAAUAAAGUUACGGCUCCAGCAGGUUCAACAGGCUCAACAGGAAGAGAACCGGUCCAAGGGUAACCUGGAAGGAGAAGGGGAUAGCCACUGGAGAGGUACCCCUCAGAGGCUAACUACUCUAGACGAGCAGAACUCGGAUCUCCUUCGAGAAAUGAGGAAGGAAAUGGACGAACUGAGGAGCGCCAUUAAGGAGAAGAUGGACCGAAGCGUAGACAAAAUGGUAAGGGCUACGGAUUCACCUUUCACCGCAGCGGUACUUGAAUGCCCUGUACCGUCAAAGUUUCGCUUACCUCAACUUGAGCCAUUCGACGGACUAAAAGACCCUCAGGAUCAUCUUAAUACCUUUAAGACGACUCUAGGUCUUCAACAACCACCUGACGAGAUACUGUGUCGUUCCUUUCCAACCACUCUCAAAGGAGCUGCAAGAGAAUGGUUUACGAAGUUGCCAACCUCGUCCAUAGACAACUUCGAACAAUUAAGUAGUGCCUUCUUGCGCCAUUUCAUAGGGGGGCAACGUCCAAAGAGGCUGGUAGACUACUUACUCACCAUAAGAAAGGGAGAGAAGGAAACUUUGAGGUCGUAUGUCAAACGAUUCACCCGGGAGACUCUGGAGGUGGACGAAGCUGAUGACAAGGUGCAGCUGACGACCUUCAAGGCGGGGCUGAGGUCCAGAGAUCUCGUGGCCUCUCUCGCAAAGAACCCUCCAAAGACGAUGGUGGAAAUGCUCCUGAAGGCACAGAAGUACAUGAAUGCUGAAGAUACUUUAGUUGCCAUAAAGGAUGCCGAGAAGCCAGGCGACAAGGCCAAGAGGGAAGAUGACCGUAGGGGGCAGAAGAGAGAUCGACCAGAUCAUCGGAACAAUGACGGGAACAGGAGGAAAGAUGAUAAAAAUCCUCGGACAGACGAGCAUUAUCUCAAAUGGUCCAGACCAUUGCACUCAUCCCCCAAUGUCCGUGACAAAAACAAGUACUGCCAGUUCCAUAAAGAUCACGGCCACAACACGGAGGAUUGCAGAGACCUAAAGGAGCAAAUAGAGGAGUUAAUACGGAAAGGGAAAUUACAAAAAUAUGUGAAGAAAGGAGAAUAUAGCAAGUUUAGGGACGACAAUAAAAUCCAGCAUGAAUCCUUCUCCCGGGAUUACGACCAUCCGUCCCAGCCACCACACAAGGUGAUCGAGGAGAUAAACACGAUUACAGGAGGGCCGUUUUCAGGAGGAUCGUUUAAAUCACUCAAAAAGGCAUACCAGAGACAGGUGAACAACGUCCACGCCAUACCUCCGUCCAAGCACUGA